AAAACCAAAAAUAUUAGGCAUCUUCUUAUUACACACCCAAUAUUCAUUCUUCAUCUCUUUCAUGGCGAUUUCAACAAACUCACCGGAGAAAACCACCGCAGACCACCAAACCUCCGCCGCCGACAAUCCAAAUCCACCAAAACCAGAUCUACCAGAUUCAUCCACUGCUCCACCUUCUUCAAUUCCCGCCACCACCACCGCACCAUUAAACCCUAACCCUAGCCUCAAUAUCUCCCAACCGCCGGCCGUAGCUCCGCCGCCACCGCCGCAGAUUCAAUCCUUCGCUCCUCCUAGUCAUCCGAAUUUCCGCCCGGUGCCGCUGCCAACUGCCGCUCACUUUUCUCCGGUACCGAACCCUAGUUAUCAGAACCAUGGAGUUCAAGGUCAAAUUCCGGUCCAGGUGCAGCCUCCAGGGGUCAUGGUGCAGCCGCCGGCGAGUGGAGCGAUGCCAUCGGUUCCGCAGAUGAUGCCGCCGCACUACGGGCAGCCUGGACAGCAGCCGAUGAGGAUGUAUGCGCCGAUGCCUAAUGGUUAUCAAAUGGCUGUGCCUCCAGGAGCUAUGAAUCCUCCAGUGUGUAAUUGAUCGAAUUCGAAGUCUUGGUGGAAACGGUUGGAAGGCUGACCAUUACUUCCACAACUUUUUUGGUAUGCAAACAUUUUGCCUAGCUUCCUUUAUUAUAUCCAUAUAACUUAGAGUAACUUAAGUGGCGAAAAUCUACUUUCAAUGAUCCAAAAUUACCCGAGUUCCAGAAAAGAAACAAAAUCUUUUCCAGUUUGUCGUGCUAAACAAUUUGUGCCAGUGUUCAUGUUUAGUAGGCUUUUAUACUGUAGUCUACUUUCCCUUUAAUGGGUUCUCAAAUCGUGAUUUGUCGGCAGCAGAACUUGCUUGCAACUGAGUGCUUCUUGCCCUUUACAUGCCAAGGAAUUAUCCGUUAUGCCCCUCCUACAUAUCCACAAAUGCUUCGACCCGUAUAUCCUCAAAGACCACCCGGAGCAGUAGGAGUCAUUCCAACAUUACAACGUCCUCCAGUUAUGGCUAUGCGGGGCCCAGUGAUCCCUACAAUCGUCAGGCCACCUGUAAAUUUAGCCAUAGCUCAAACUGAAAAGCCAAUGACCACGAUUUAUGUUGGCAAGAUUGCAUCAACAGUGGACAAUGAUUUCAUGCUCUCCCUUUUACAACUUUGCGGGCCUGUUAAAAGUUGGAAGCGUGUUCCGGAUCCCACUACUGGAGCUUUGAAGGGAUUUGGUUUUUGUGAAUUUGAAUCCGUGGAAGGAGUUUUACGGGCUUUACGGCUGCUGAGCAAAUUAAGUAUUGAUGGUCAGGAGCUAAUGUUGAAUUUUGACAAAGCAACCAAAGAGUACCUUAAGCGUUUUGUCGAGAAGAAAAAAGAGAAUUCCAAAAAGGCAACAGAUACUGAAGGUGAUGCUGGUAAAGAGGAAAAAACUGCAUCUCCAAAGGCUUCUGUGGAUGAAUCAAAGGAAGAUGAUAUUAAUAAUAACAAUGAAGCAAACAAAGAAAAUGAUGGUUAUGCUACUUUUGGACUUGUGACUAAUGAAGAUAAAGAAGCUGAUAAAGAAGCUAGUGAGAAGCUUUCAGGAAUGAUAGAAGAGAGGUUAAAGAAUAAGCCUCUACCGCCACCUCCACCGCCGCCACAAACCGCUCCUGAUGCUGGUGGAAAUUCAACCUCUGAACACCCUGCAAAGUCCAGAGAUGGUGGUGAUACCGAUGCUGAUGGAGCGAGAACCGCAGAAGAUAAAAAAGAUGAAGAGAUGACAAGCAAAACAAAUGAAAACGAGAAGCUCGAAACAAGUUCACCUGAUCGAAACAGUAAAAAAGAGCGAGAACGCACCCGUGAAAAAGAACGUGAAUUGGAAAGAUACGAACGAGAGAGGGAGCAGGAACGCGCCAAAAGAGAGCGGGAACGAGAAUACAAAAUCCGCGAAGAAGAACGUCGAUACCGGGGCCGUUUGAAGGAGUGGGAAACCAGAGAAAAAGAGAAAGAAAGGGCUCGGAAACUAGAGAGAGAAAGGGAAAAGGAUAGAGAACAAGAUAGAAAAUAUGAGAUAAUGGAUCAAGAAAACGAUGAUAGUUAUAGUAAAAAAAGAAAAUAUAGAAAUAGUGGUGAAGAACGCGAGGAAAGAAAAAGGAGAUUAAGGGAAAAAGAAGAAGAUAUGGAGGAUAAAGUUAAAGAAUUGGAAGAAAUCGCUGAGGCUAAAAGGAAAGAAGAAGAAGAAAGAGAGAAACAGAAAGAACAACAAAAACACGCAUUGGAGAUAUUAUCCGGUAAUAAUAACACCACAACUAACGGAAUCGACAAUGCUAUGGUAAUUGAUGGGAGCUUGUUGGAAUCAAGAAAUAAGGCUUUUGCUCAGCCAUCAACAGAUGUUGAAAUGCAGCAUGGAAAUGAGACUGGUAAGAUUACCCAAAACGGGACCAGUGACGAUUCAGAAACAAGACAAAACAACACACUGGGACCCAAAAAGUUAGGGUUUGGUCUUGUGGGGUCCGGAAAAAGAACAACGGUACCUUCUCUUUUCCAUGAAGAAGACGAAGAUGCACAAAAGGACAAAAAAAUGCGGCCUUUGGUUCCAAUAGAUUAUUCAACAGAAGAAUUGCAAGCUGUUAGAGAAACCACACCGGUCCCACCUUCUUCUAAUUUGGCUGCAGCUGCCGAAUUUGCGAAACGAAUUGGCGAAAGACCCGAUUCAGAUAGAGAUCGAAGUAGACGUGCUCAUGAUCGUUCUGGUCAUCGAGAUCGAGACCAUGAAACAAAUCGGGCCCGAGAUGAGACCCGUGAAAAAGAAAAAGCGAAGACACCUGAUAAUAAGAAGCUUUUGGAUGCUAAACAGUUGAUUGACACCAUUCCAAAAACUAAAGAUGAGCUGUUCUCGUAUCCGAUAAAUUGGGUGGUUUAUGAUAAGAAUGGAUUACAUGAAAGAAUGAGACCAUGGAUCUCCAAGAAAAUAACCGAGUUUUUAGGUGAAGAAGAAACGACACUUGUUGACUACAUCGUUUCAAGCACUCAAGAACACGUGACCGCAGAUGAAAUGCUUGAUCGACUUCAAUCUAUUCUAGACGAUGAAGCUGAAAUGUUUGUGCUCAAAAUGUGGAGAAUGCUUAUUUUCGAAAUCAAGAAAGUGGAAACCGGUCUUGCUGGUAGAUCGAAAGCGUAGUCAGUUAACCUUGUUGUCGUUCUGGUAUUACUGAAAACCCUGAAUCUUUGUUAUUAACACAUUUCUUUUAAUAACUAAAUUUCAUGUCAACUUUGAUCGAUCAAUCGCUCAAUCAAUCAAUCAAUCUUAGAUUAAUUACUUUAUCCA